GGGCUGUGGACACAGGUGUCGUAGCCUUGCCUCACCUGGGUAGGGCAGAGCCACCUCUCUCCAAGGGGCACUGAGGCCCCCCUCCAGCAGGUAGCCCAAUCUUCUGGAGUUCAAGGUGACUGACCUUUAGUUGUUCUGCUGCUGAUCUUAACAACAUGGAGACUAAGGAGGCGGAAGAGUUGGGACAAUGCCAGGGGAAGACCACUGCUAGUGGUCUUUGGAAGGCCGGCGAUGAGAGGACUCAUCCUUCCUCUGAUGAAGAGGAGGAAUCAGACAAUGCUGACCCUUUGACGGGAGGAAGAGAAUCACCACGAUGCCACAUCCCUCUCCGAAGGAAUUCCAUAUACUACAGUUCCAUCAGGCACUGGAGUGGAAGAAAAAGUAGGAAUCGCCUAGAAAAGAGCAGUGACCAGGCUCCAGGUUCAUGGGAAAACAGAAGAUCUACGAAGGAGCCCCUGGGCUUGAAUUUGUCUGGAAAGCCAGCCGGUCUCGCCCCUGCACAUCGUGGGGAAAAGAGCGAGUCUUCAUCUACCCCUGGCACCGUGGCCACCCCAGAGGAGUACCCAGCCCUGGCCACAGACAGCCCAACCACUCUCACAGAGGCCCUGAAAAUGAUCCAUCCCAUUCCUUCCGAUUCCUGGAAGAUUUUCAUCGAACAAAUAGGACUCUUGUAUCAGGAAUACCGUGAUAAGUCCACACUUCACGAGAUCGAGACCAGGAGGCUGCAGGAUGCUGAGGUCCAAGUGGCCGUGGACGUGGACGAGUCGCCCACCAGCGAGGAGACCCCACCCGAGGAGGAGCCCGCCAGCUCCACCGAGAAGAAGGCUCUGCCCCAGAUCUGCCUGCUCAGCAAUGCCAACUCCAGGUUCAACCUCUGGCAGGACCUCCCGGAGAUCAGGAGCAGCGGGGUCCUUGACAUCCUCCAGCCCGAAGAGAUCAGACUCCAGGAGGCCAUGUUCGAACUGGUCACUUCUGAAGCCUCCUACUACAAAAGCUUAAGCCUGCUGGUGUCUCACUUUAUGGACAAUGAGAGACUGAAGAAGAUUCUCCAUCCUUCAGAGUCCCACAUCCUCUUCUCCAACGUCCUGGACGUCAUGGCCGUGAGUGAGCGGUUCCUGUUGGAGCUGGAGCAGCGCAUGGAAGAGAACAUUGUCAUCUCUGACGUGUGUGACAUCGUCUACCAGCACGCGGCCAGCCACUUCUCCGUCUACAUCACCUACGUCUCCAACCAGACGUACCAGGAGAGAGCUUAUAAGCAGCUUCUGCAGGAGAAGGCCGCGUUCCGGGAGGUGAUCUCCCAGCUGGAGCUGGACCCCAAGUGCAAAGGCCUGCCUUUCUCCUCCUUCCUGAUUCUGCCAUUUCAAAGGAUCACGCGGUUGAAGUUACUGGUACAGAAUAUUCUGAAGAGGGUGGAAGAGAGCUCUGAACGGGAAUGCACAGCCCUGGACGCCCACAAGGAGCUAGAAAUGGUGGUAAAAGCAUGCAAUGAAGGUGUCAGGAAGAUGAGUCGGACAGAACAGAUGAUUAGCAUUCAGAAGAAAAUGGAAUUUAAGAUUAAGUCUGUGCCCAUUAUAUCUCACUCCCGCUGGCUGCUGAAGCAAGGGGAACUACAACAGAUGUCUGGUCCCAAGACAUCCCGGACCCUUCGGACCAAAAAACUCUUCAGAGAAAUCUAUCUCUUCCUUUUCAAUGAUCUGCUUGUGAUCUGCAGGCAAAUUCCCGGGGACAAGUACCAGGUGUUUGACUCAGCUCCCCGUGGCCUCCUGCGGGUGGAGGAGCUGGAGGACCAAGGGCAGACUUUGGCCAACGUCUUCAUCCUGAGGCUGCUUGAGAAUGCGGACGACCGGGAAGCCACCUACAUGCUGAAGGCCUCGUCCCAGAGCGAGAUGAAACGCUGGAUGACCUCCCUGGCCCCGAAUCGGAGGACGAAGUUUGUUUCCUUCACAUCAAGACUGCUUGACUGUCCCCAGGUGCAGUGUGUCCACCCCUACGUCGCUCAGCAGCCGGACGAGCUGUCCCUGGAGCUGGCCGACAUUCUGAACAUCCUGGAAAAGACAGAAGAUGGCUGGAUUUUUGGGGAGCGCCUUCAUGACCAAGAAAGAGGCUGGUUCCCAAGCUCUAUGGUGGAGGAGAUCAUGAACCCCAAGAUCCGAUCCCAGAAUCUCAAGGAGUGUUUCCGGGUCCACAAGAUGGAUGACGCCCAACGCAGCCAAAACAAAGACCGGAGGAAGAUAGGCAGCAGAAAUCGGCAAUGACCUCUCUCUUCCUCAAGCCCCGACCCCUGAGCCUAGGGCCACUAGGACAGAGAGCAGGUCCUAGGAUGCCUGGAGAAAGAGAAAGAUUGUUGAGUACAAGGGCUGGGACCGAGCGGUAGAAGGGGCUGGGAGGGGCAGCAGGCAGGGGUCUGAUCUUUCCACCUGUGGACUGUGUCCACCCCAACCAAAGGAAUGCUGCUGCAUUUACUGUGUACAGAAGCCCACCCCUCUGCCCCUCCCCUUCCCACCGUGUCAGGCAUUCCUAGUCCUUCUGGCGGCAGAUGCAAUGGGGGAAGGGGAGAGCAGAGAAAUUCCCUUCUUUUGAGCUCAUGAUUUAUAAACAGCAAGCCAGGUGGAUUUUCCACCGCACUGCAUUACUGCCUUUUUCCCGGCCCUCCGCCCCCCAUCCUUUAGUAAGUGUGAGAAACCUUUCACUGCAUGGGCAUGAGGGGACCCAGACCCCAAGCAUUCUCCCCACUCACCCACCCACACCACUUCCCAAGGAGUCCGGAGAGGCAGGCAGCCUUCAGCCACCAGGGACGGUUCCCACCAGUUUCUGAGUUCAAGAACCAGAAGAUUUCUGCUAUCAACAAUAUAGUACCAUAGAGAAAAAGCAUGGCCUGGUGGGGUGUGGUACCUUUAAGAGAAAAUGGAAGCCAUUAUUAGCCCCUAGCACCCAAGAGGAUGCCCUGGGAACAGACCCAAGUGCUCUGGUAUUCGCCUUGGGGUGGAAAUUUGGGCAGCACCCAAGUCAAGUAUGACCCAUCACUAGGUCAUAUUUGUGUAGUAGAAUGAUGCUCCUUCCAGGCCCCCUCCCCAGCAUGCCACUGCCCCUUCCACAGAGGGGGCUCUUACCUGCCCCCGUUUCUGUUACUUGUGGAGACGCAGAAAAGUCACCGAGCCCAGUGCCCCCGGUUGGCCACGGGUUUCCCCAGGUCCGAAUCAGGCACCCAGGAGGAGGGUCCGAACCAGCUCCUCUCUCAGGGUUUCGUGGCUUGUGGGACCCCCUAAGGGGACGGGCUGGUGACGAAGCCAUGCUUCCUUCCGCUAUGCUUGGACGUGCCUCGUAAUGAAACAACUGACCUGGAGGAGACGGGCACCUCUCCCCUCUCUCCAACACGAAGGACCAGUCUUUGAGACCCCAGGCUCAGCUGCAGGCUGGCCUUCUCACACGUGGGGAUCCCACGUCUAAGGGACUGUGGAUGUGACGCAGGAUCGCAUGACCACCCACGCAUGUUCUGACCUUCCCGGGGAGGGGACGGCCCUGGCUUGGGGUGCACGUCCACCUGCCGCUCUGAGCCAUCUGCUGAGGGGAGAAGGCUGUGGCUUAGGGUUGAGGGGACAGAGCCUGUUGGGAGGACAACGGGAUCAGCCGGUCCACAAGCAAGUCUGUUGGUUCCUGCCUCUCCUUGCCACCCAUGUAUAUUUUAAAUGCCUUUUUUGUUUCAUAAAAUACA